AUGUUUUUCUCGUUCCCGUAGGGCUACAGUACGGUUUUCGUCGGUUUACGUUUUCGCGUCGUUGUUCGCGCUCACCCGCGCGUUAUCCGACGACAGCCGCCUCUGACGCUGUUGCCGCCGCCGCCGCCGCCGCCGCUAAACACGACGACGACGAUAAAUAUCGCCGCGACGACGACGGCGACGCCUCGCUCCGUAGUGUGUCGAUAGUUUUUGUGCUCCAGCCGCUUCUUCGCGCCCAUUCGCCAUGUAAGGAAUCUCCGGUCUAAAGCUCCUCGGCGUAACGGAUAGCGUUUCACCACUACCAUUCCCGCCCAAUUCCUGAAGGCAAAGCGGUCCACUGAUUUACCGCCAAAUAGUAUGCUUUUUUGCCCGACUGCGGUCGCCGACGAUCAAACACAAAAAAAUGGAUAAUGACAAAUCAAAGAUGUCUAAGACAUCUUUAGAUAAAUCUGACGAAAUGGACAUAGAUGAAGAUCCAUGUUCUGAUGAAGAUGUUGACAAUGGUGCUCCUAUGUUAGAUGAUGAUGAUGAGGAGGAUGAUGAAGAUGAUGAUGAGGAUGAUAAUGAAGACAUGGAUGAUGAUCCAGAUUAUCAAGAAGAAGAUUGUUCACGUAUUUCUACAGAAGCAGCUUCUAUAUCAGUUGAUGAAACUUCUUCUAAUCAAACUCCUAAUGAUGUUGCUGUUAAGACAGAUGAAGGUAAUUUUGAAGAAACUGCAUCAUGUUCUCCUGGCAGAAAUGCUAUUACACCUACAACAUCUUAUGAUAGUCCUUUACAAAUGAAAAAAUUGAAUUUAAAAAUUAAAAGAUGGAGAAGGGAAGAUGCUGAAGGUAAAUCUCCAAAUGUUUCCCGAACUGAUGAAAAUACUCCUCCUACUUCUUCAUCAGUUGAUCUUACUAUUGAUGAUAGAAAUGUAUUAUAUCAAGAGACUUGGCCAGGAAAAGUAUGUGCAUUUUGUAAUUUGGGAGAACGAAGUCAACUUGGACAAGGAUCUCUUCUAAGGUUAGAAUGGGAUAAAGAAUUUAAGUCGACAUUAGAUGAUUUUAUUAAGCAAUUAGUUACUAAACAAUUAACUCCGAUGCCAUUACAAUCACCAACUGCUGAAAUGGCACCAAUUAUACAGUAUAGAAGGCAAAAAUCUGCUGCUAAAUUUAAACAACAACAAUUUUCAACCUGUAGUUUUGAACCUGUGGAUGAACUUAGUGUUAUUGGUCAUUUGGAUGUUCCUGAUUUAAACACAUUAUAUGAACAAUUUGAAUCAAAUGGUUAUGUUUAUGUACAUCAAUUUUGUGCUUCCUGGACUCAAGGUGUAAAAUCUGAUGCAUCUGAUUCAUUGGAAAAUGUACCUGAACUUAUUUUGGAGAGCUUAAUGCGACGAUGUUCUUACUGUGGCCAUUUAGGUGCCAGUGCUCCAUGUACAUACACUAAUUGUUUGAAAUAUUUUCACUAUCCUUGUAUUUUUGCUUCUGCUUCUUUUCAAGAGAUGAGUGUACCAGCUUUAAUAUGCAAUUCUCAUCUUGACCAUGUUCCUUUAAUGGAACUUUCUGCCAAUGUUGCUUGUGGUAUUUGCUCAACUCUUGGAGACGUUUCUAAUUUAAUGAUGUGUACAGUAUGUGGUAACCAUUACCAUGGUGUUUGUAUUGGAUUAGCUCUACUCCCAGGAGUAAGAGCUGGAUGGCAAUGUGGUAAUUGUCGAAUUUGUCAAGUUUGUCGGCAACCAGCUGAACAGACUAAAGUUAUGUUAUGUGAAGGUUGUGAUAAAGCUUAUCAUCCUGGAUGUUUAAGACCUCAAGUGACAACUAUACCUAAAAUUGGAUGGAAAUGCAAAUGUUGUCGAGUAUGCACAGAUUGUGGUUCUCGUACCCCAGGUGCUGGGUUAUCAUCUCGAUGGCAUGCUCAUUAUACAGUUUGUGAUUCUUGUUAUCAGCAACGUAAUAAAGGUUCUUCAUGUCCACUUUGUCAUCGAGCUUAUCGAGCUGCUGCUCAUCGAGAAAUGGUUCAAUGCAUAUCAUGUCGAAAAUAUAUACAUGGUGCUUGUGAUCCAGAGGCUGAGUAUAUAACUAGCCACAGCAAAAGCUCAGCAUCUGAGUAUAUGUGUCCUUUAUGUAAAAAUGCUGUACAGCAGCGCCGUGAUGGAUAUGAAGAAUUUGGAGAUUCAAAUAGUUCAAUAGAUGUUAAUCAACCUGAACAUGACUUAGAGUUCAAGAGUAAUAAAGAUUUUGAUGAUGUUGGUCGAAUGGGUGGCUAUGGUUUGGGUAAAGGAAAACCAUAUGCUGCAUGCAAAGUAACUAAGAAACGGUUACUGCUAUCUGGAUAUGCUGGGCGUGCUAAAGGUUUAGGAAAACUCACUGCUGCAUUAAAACCCAUGUACCAGAAAAAGGGACAACGCCUUGUAGAAUUUCCUAGAAAAAGACCUCGAGGAAGAAUGCGAGGCCUUUUUGGUGUACCUGGUCUUGGAUUACAAAGGCCUUCAUCUGACAUAAACUCCAAAAAUUCUUCAACUGAUAUUGACCCAAAUAAUGAAAAUCGAAUUGUUUUAUGCUCUGCUAAAGAUAAAUUUGUACUUGGUCAAGAUAUAUGUGUUAUGUGUGGAUCUUUAGGUACAGACCAAGAAGCAUGUCUUAUUUCGUGUUCUCAGUGUGGUCAGUGCUAUCAUCCUUUUUGCGUGAAUGUUAAAGUAACCAAAGUUAUUCUUCAAAAAGGAUGGAGAUGUUUAGAUUGUACAGUUUGUGAAGGGUGUGGGCAACGUAAUGAUGAGUCUAGACUUAUUCUUUGUGAUGAAUGCGAUAUUUCUUAUCAUAUUUAUUGUACUGAUCCAAAACUUGAUUAUGUCCCUAGAGGUACUUGGAAAUGCAAGUGGUGUGCUCAAUGCUUGACUUGUGGUUCAAAUGAUCCAGGCUUCAAUUGUUCUUGGUUGAAUAAUUAUACUGAAUGUGGACCUUGUGCAUCUCGUAGCAUCUGUCCAUCAUGUCAAGAAUCUUAUACUGAUAGUCAAUUGAUUAUUAAGUGUUCCCAGUGUGAUCGAUGGCUUCAUGGAAAAUGUGAUAAAAUUGAAAACGAAGAUGACGCAGAAAAAUGUGCAGAAGAUGGCUAUAGUUGUUUACUAUGUCGUCCUCGUGGAACAGUUCCAGCACAUUUAGCACAUAUCUCAAGUCCUAAAAUUAAACAGAAAAUUUCAUCACGUGAUAAUAGUCCAGAUGCAGCUAAAGGGAAUAAUGAAUGCUUUAUGGAUGGAAUUCAUUUAUCUGAAUCGGGUUUUCAACAUAUGAAGUUUCUAACAAGUGGUAUAGAAAUAUCACAUCAACGUAAAAAGCGAAAAGACUUAAAAAAAGCACAAUUGGAAAAAGAAGCUGCUAUUAUGGCAGCUAUUGAAUCUGUUGUGUGUAAUAGUAGAGAUACUAUUAAUGAUUCUUUAGAUCAUGAUGAUGCUUAUAAGAUGGAUUUUGAUGACAUUAAAGAAGAACCAAGUGAACCAGAACCUAUUUAUAAAGAAGGGAUGACAAUACAGCCACGUGAUGAUGGUCGUCCUCCUGAACCACCUGAAGGUUUUAGUAUUUUAACAUUAGAUUCGGGUGUAAUGGUUCUGCGUCGAAAACGAGUUAGAAAUCUUCAAAAAUUAGGUAUUGGUGGAUUUGUUGUUAGAGGUCGUAUGCCCCGAGCUAAAGAUAAAGAUGAAGAUAAUACUCAAGAUGGGGAUGGUGAAGAUAAUAAACCAAGGCGAAAACAAAAUCGGUGGAAAAAACCUAAGAGUAAAAUUGCUGAAAAUUACCCAAACUAUAUACAAGAUGCAUUUUUUGGUCGUGAUUUGUUGGAUGCCUGUAAUGUUGCUGCACAGAUUUUGGAUAGUAGUGAGUCUGAAGAAGUAGAAGAAAAAGAAGAAGAUAACAAAACAAUUGAACUUUCUCAGGCUGAAUUGAAAAUUAUGGAAGAUAUUAAAGUUAAACAACAAACAAAAGAAGAUGUGGUUAAUAAAUGUUUUAAUAUUAAGAAAGAGAUAAUUGAACUCAAUGAACAACCAAAGGUUGCUGAAAAAAAAAAGGAAAUACCGGCAACAAAUGAAAAUGAUACACUUAAAGAUAUUUUGCUGUCUGAUAAUUUAUUAGAUUCAAUUAUGAAUGAACAAAGUAGAAGUAUUAAGACAGAAAUGGAAGAUACUGGUUUAGUAGUGGAAGAACCUGAUAUAAGCGAAACUAACACUUCAGCUCAAAAAGAUGAAUUUAGUGAAAUUCUAGGUUCUCACUUUAAUCUUGAUUCUAUGGUCAGAGAGACAGGCUUACCAAAUAUGGAUAGUAAGGAUGUAGAAGAGAUUUUCAAAGUUGUUUUAACUGAUGACGCUUCACAAGAAUCUCAAGAUCCGAGUAGCUCUAAUAUGUUAUUAAUAAGUAAUAAUAAUAUAGCUGCCAUACCUCCAGCUCAAAAUGGAGUUGUAAUGGUUCAAAAUCAAAAUCAUGCUCCAAUAAUGUCUCCAUCUCGUACCGGUGUACCGAAUAAUAUGUCUCGUGGGAAAGUACCAGCUCCAGCAUUACCACCUGUAGUAACCAAUAUGCCUUCUCCUAUCUAUCCAGCAAUGUCUCCAUAUCAUUCUGAAUAUAGCAAUAGUCCAUCUCAAUUUAGUCCAGCAUUUUCUGAACCUCAUAGUCCUUGGGUUCAAAAUAGUGGUGGUGAAGAUAGCUUAGAAGGUGUUGGAUCUCAGUCAUCAGCAAUAAAUACUAGCCAAAGAAAUUCUCAAAAAAUGGAAGCAGAUGAAGCAUUAGGACCUAAAGCUUCAAUAUCAGCUGUACUUUAUGCUAAUGUUACCCAUCCUGAAUGGAAAACAGAAUUUCCUUCUUGGCCUGAAAGAUCAAGACAAAUAUUAAAGAAGUGGAGAACAUUGUCUCCUGAACAAAAAAGUCCAUUUUUGUUAAAAGCAAGAGAAAAUAGAACUAAUUUGAGACAGAAAAAAGCGCAACAGGCCGUGAAGGAAGACAGUACCAGUGGCGACAACAGGACCAGUUCAACAUCUAGUGCUACCCAGAGUCCGACAAUUAACAAUGGAGAGGUGUGUCCCACCAAAGAACUGAUGCAACCCGCAAUACUAAUUGCCGCUGGUGAUGGUCAUACUAACUCACAAUCUCCACAGCCUUCUGAUCCUGAACCUGAAUCUAACCCACCUCAGCAAACAUUUCCUACAACUAUUCCUACUCACCCAUCUACUAUACAAUAUAUACCAGUUUUACCUAAUCCUCCUUCUCCUAAUCCUGUUAAUUUAAGAACUAUUCAUAUCAUUCCUGCUGAGAAGAAUUCGUCUGAACCAAUUCAAUAUCAAUAUGUAGCAUCGGGUUCAUCUGAAAGGGGAACUUUGCAUUAUCCCCCAAAUAGUAUUCACAUUAUACAAACAGUUCCAUCAUUAAUAAUGUCCAAUUCAAUACUAGCUACAUUAGAUACUAAAAAUCAAACUGAUUCACGUAAUAACCUAUUACAUAUAAUCACAUCACAGCCAACUGGCACAAUACGUAAUGUACAGUUGGUAAGAAAUGAAUCAUCAUCAGCUGGCACUGAGGGCGCUAAAACUAACAUAACUGCUAGCAGUACUAACAAUUCAGUCAGCACUUCACCUCCGCUGUCUGACCAACAAAUACGUGUACUAACACCGUCUGAGAUAAUGCGUACACUCCCGUCCCUCGGUCAAGAGACUUAUGACCCUGUGGAUCAAGAUAAAAUGAUAUCUCAACAAAGGUCACGUGAAGCUGAAAAUGAACGCCAGUGGAAACAGUUACAAGCAAUGCGACAACAACAGGCACAAGCUGCCCAACAGCAGCAAGUCAUGCAAGACCAACGUACUCAAGGAGUAUAUCAAAGAAGUAUAUCAGUUCAUCAAAGAAAUCUUUCUAUUGAUACUAAUCAAUUUACUAAUUCUGAUCAACAAGUGUUGAUUCACACGCCAAAUUUGACUACUCAAUUACAAGUUGCUACUAAUCAGGAUGGUUCUUUAACUCCCUUACAAAGUCCCAGUAGUGUGAAUUCUCAACAACAAUCUAGAUCUCCAUAUCCUUCACCUGUAUUGAAAGUAACUAGAGUUGUGAGUCCUGCGUCAGCAUCACCGUCACCUCAAUAUACACGUUCACAGUCAACACCUGGACCAACAGACUUAUUUAGUCCACCAAUAUCUUCAACUUCUGCUGUUCAACAACAAAGAAACGUUCAUUUUAAUCCUACAUCUCCACGAGGUCGAGAAGACGUAUUUUCAUCACCUCAAGCUAAUCAAGAAAUGACAAGACAUUUGAGGGAAUUACUUCAAAGACAGCAAUUUAAAAAAGAAACACCGGCUGAUCAGCGUGUAUGGAAUACUGAAGAUACACCAAAUCAAGAAAUUAGCUCUCAAAGUGUACCAAAUCAAGAUUUUGAAACUCCAUCCUCAGGACCAACAUUUCGCCAGCCUUUACCUCCAAGUGCUGUUAAGACUCAACGUAUGCCUUUUCAGCCAAUGGGUACUCCAAAUGCUCAAAUGGUUAUUCGGCACAGAGUUCAAGAUCAAAAAUUCCAACUAUCAGAUCCACGAAUUCGGUUGUUAAUUCAACAGCAACGAUCAACUACUACUGGUGCAGUUAUUAAUAAUAAUAUAAAUGCUCAACAAUUUGUAUCUGGUAUUAAAAAUCCAAUUACACAACAAGCGUUGACACAACAAACUUCUAGGCCAUAUGAAAUAUUGCAACAACAGCAACAGCAGCAACAACAACAGCAACAGCAACAACAGCAACAACAGCAACAACAGCAACAACAGCUUCAACAACAACAACAACAGUUGCAACAACAACAGCAGCAUCAACAGCAACAUCAGCAGUUGCAACAACAACAGCAACAGCAACAACCAUUUUCAGUAGAAAGAUCUGAAAGUCUAGACCAGAAAUAUCAAGCGCCAAUUAAUGAAGUUUCAUCAAUUAUAAAUGAUCCUAGUUCAAUGUCCCAAUCUAUAGUUGGUCAAAAUGUAUCUGUUGGUAGACAUGGUGAUAUAUUACAGCACCAGUCUCAGCAAAAUUCUAUUAAUGGUGCUGAUAAUGUAGAUAGUAGAAGUGAAGAAAUUACAGAUAGUGUUAGGGAUGAAUUAGAAAAACUACAACAAGAAGGAGAUCCAAAUAAUAUUGGUGAAGUUGAUGGUGUCAAUGCCCUUUUGGGUGAUUUAGAUGAUGACGAUGAACUUUUAGCUGAAAUGGGAGCUGACUUUAAUAUAUUGGAAUACGCUGAUCCAGAACUUGAUAAUUUAGAUUGUGGUAACAAAACUAAUAUCUUAUAUGAUCUUGUUGAUGACGAGGAAUCCAAUAAGAGUACUCACAAUAAAACAGUACCAAAUGAUAAGUCUUCAGAAGAAAUUGAGACAAAACAACCUAAAGAAGAAGUGGAUGAUCUACAGAGAUUGAGUAGUUUGAAUCAUAGAAAAGAUCAAAAUAGUGUAGCAGUAUUAGGAAUUGAAAAGUUUGAACAAGAUAUUAUUCAUUCUCCAAAACUUGAAACUUCACAAAAUGU